AUGUGGUUGACAGCUGUCAAGCCAAAGAGGAUGAUGAUACAAACAUACCAAAGAGACAGCAACAGGAAGCAUCCACUUCUUGGCCUGCAGCACAUUGUUGAAUGUGUUUCUGUCGGACCGACCGAGAAGAGAUACUACCUCUGCACGCUCUGCAAACUCACUUUGGCCACACACAUGGUCAUCAAACACGUCCUGAGCUUUGACCACAUCUACUGUUACUUUAAAGCGUGGCACCCCUCUACUCUGCUGUCAAAGGAAUGCUACAAAGAUUGGGACAAGGCUUUAGCCUCCAUGAUACUUGAUUUUGCCAAGCAGACAGAGGAGAUUCUUGGCACUGCUGAUAUUAAGCAAGUGAACCUGGAGCCUGCCAAAUUCAACUCAGUGAAUUUCACUUGUUAUUCAGAAGCUUUGAAGGAGCUGGAAUCCAUCACAAAGGAAAAGAAGGAGAGCAGCUUGAUUACGAGCAUCAAACCAGGGAAGAAACUAGAGCGUCAUACUGUGUCAGCAGCUCCUUUAGCAUUUUUGUACAAACUAUACUGUCAGGACUGUAAUAUGAUCUUUAAGACGACAGCUCAGUAUUUCAAACACGUCUCACAGGGAAAACACAAAGAGAUGUUGGAGAAAAUAUUUGCCAAAGCUGAAAGACCUGAUCGUUGUGACCAACCAGUUCGGACACCCAGUCUGGGCUUAUACAAGUACCUCAAAGAGAGUUUUUAUCAAAAUCAACCAGCUGUUGUAGGUGUACCCCUGGUUGUGACGUGUGUCAGCACUCAGGUUCAUGUGGAACCUAUUUACAUUUGCUUCGCUUGUCAGAACUGUUUCUGUGAGCCCAUCCUCAAACAACACUUCAACUCUCCAAAGCAUCUCAUACGCACACUGCUGUACCAGAAUCCCUGGCGUCUCCCUUUUGCCUGGGAAAGUCUCGAUUUAAAAGUCUUAAAGUCAGAGGCGUGGGAAGAGGAGAAGGAAAGAGGACCAAAUCAGAUGAUGCUGAAGGUACUUGAUAUGCCAUAUUGGAUGUUUUGGAGCCUCAUUCCUAGUUACCCAAAAGUGAUGGCGAGUCUUGAACUACACCACACUUUCCUGAAGCGUGAAGUUCCACGGUGUGAAACAUACAGCAAACUCAAAGAAAAUGAGAGAUUUCCUCUGCUGGGUCAACAGUUCCUGGUCAUACACGACAUGGUCAAACAGCAUCAGUGCCCAGGAGUGGGAUUUGUGUGUUUGCUCUGUAAGAGGAGGUUGUCAGAUGAGGAAUGUCAUGCUCAUGUGUUUAGUCGGGAACAUGUUGCAACAUUUCUGAUGCUGGUCCUGUGCGUUUGUUCCACUAUACUACUACAUUCACUGCACCACAGCGCUGCACCACCUCCCCACGACACUCAGCACCCAGCACCCAGCACCCAGGAACUGGACAGGCUCAGCAAUAGUGGUUUCACUUCAAGCUCAGCCCCCUACAGACAAGAUGAAGAGAAACACUGA